AUGAUGUCACUUAAGCAUUUAUCAUUAUCAAUCAAUCAUACCUGUGAACUGAAGAAAUUUUCAGUAGAAUUUGUAUUUAUUGGUAAAACAGCAUUUAUUACUGGUGGUUCAUCUGGUCUUGGUCAGGCAAUUGCCAGUCGACUCUCAUCGCAAGGUGCGCGUGUGAUUAUUGCCGAUUUACAAGAACCCAGCAAACCAUGGCCGUCGGAUAGAGGGAUAUUCACUAAAACCGAUGUUACAAAUCCCGAAUCCGUUCGACAAGCAAUCUCCUCCCAAAAAUCACAACUCGACAUAAUCAUUAAUAAUGCUGGUAUUACUCAUCAGCCAAUACCAAUGCAUCAAUGCCCAUUGGAUAGUUGGCAUCAAGUGAUCAAUGUUAAUUUAAAUGGAGCAUUUUAUGUAAUGAAAUAUGGUUUGGAACAAAUGGUUAAACAAAAUUCAAAUGGCGGUGUUAUUAUCAAUACAUCAUCUAUUGCCGGCAUUUUUCCACAAGGUGAUAACCCUGCAUACAAUUGUUCGAAGGCAGCACUAAUUCAUUUAACAAUAGAAGCAGCCCGUCAUUAUGGUAAAUAUAAAAUAAGAGUAAACGCAAUUGCACCAACCGCUGUUUAUACGCCAUUGAUUUCCAAAUUUAUUAGUGAAUCAAAAGAUCCUAAUUUGAUUAAAGAUCAGCUGCAAUAUUUAUCAUUGAUACCAGGGUAUUUACCGGAACCAGAAGAUAUUGCAGCAGCCGUAGCGUUUUUGGUUAGUGAUGAAGCCAAAUUUAUUACCGGUACUGUCUUACCUGUUGAUGCAGGGUAUUUAACAAUGUAA